CUCAGCAAGUAAAAUUGAUGUGUAAAAAUGAUGCAUGAGACACAGCACUACCUUUGUAACCCAAAAAAAUCCUUAAUAAAAAUAAUUAUUUAAAAAAAUAAUGUGGCAUUGGAAUGCUUUGGUUUUGGGAACUGAUUUCCGGAGCCGAUUGAGUGAGAACUUCAAUCCACCCUGUGCUAAAGUCGUAAUUCCUUUUUUUUUUUCAGGCAGCAAGCGCUCAACCUCCUCAGCAAACCUCAAGCAAGCAGAAACUGUCAUCAGCAAGCGCCUGUCGUCCUCGGCAGCACGUCUGAAUUCUCCCAGCAAGGGUUCCACUAAAAGAAGUUCUUCGUUAAACAGACUGAACAACAAAGUUCCUCCCAAUUCCGAGCAGCCGGAACCCAAAGAUGCAAGUAGCAAAACCGCUCUGGCAACCAUGACGGCCGAAGAGGCGGCGAGAAUCUUGGCCGAGAAGCGCCGUCUUGCAGGGGAACAGAGGGAGCGGGAAGACCAGGAGAGAGCUCAAAGAGAAGAGGCAGAAAGGAUCAGAAAGGAAGAAGUUGAGAAGCAGGCCCAGCUGGAAGAGGCCCUUCGGGAACCGGAAGAUGAGAGGAGGGCAGGGGAAGAGGAGCCACAAAGGCAGGAGGAGCAGGAGAAGAUGGCCGAGCUCCAACUUCAGCGAGAAGAGGCGGAGGCAAAAGCUCUGAAGGAAGUCGAGAAACAGUGUCGGGAACAGGAGUGGAUCGUGCAGCAGAACAAGCAAGAGCGGCUGCAGAGGAAAAAGAGAAUAGAAGAAAUAAUGAGGAGGACCCGGAAGGCAGAGCAGAACGACACCAAGAACGAGGACAAGUCCAAUGAGGAGGAGGACGAAGGCGUCGAGGAAGACGACGAGCUGGGCCUCGAAAAGCAAGAUCAGCCUGAAAAAGCAAAAUAUGACUCCUCCCUCAAAGAUGGUCCGGAGGCUGUGUGUGAUUGGACCGCGUCAGAAGAAGAGAGAUCAAAAAUGGAACCGGAUGGUGUCUUUGUAAAUGGGGAUGAGCAGGAGGAGGUUGACCGGAGGAACAAUGGUGGUGGGAAUUCGAUGUAUUUGACUCAGGGAAAAGAAGCCAGCCCCCCAGCAAAGGACAUGGUCGCCGAGAACUCCGAAAUCUUGCGCGUCAACGAAGCGGAUCGCUCCGCUGGAUUUCUGUCCAACCUGAAUGGGAACUCUACCGCGUGGAAAUUUGAAGAAAUCAUUGACCUCGGCAUCCACCCCAAGACAACCAUUGCUGCGGAGAAAGCCGCCCAGAGCUUGAAAGACGCCGCUGUUGUACCUGCGAGUCCCAGGCUGGCUUUUGAAGAAAGAAGUCCCAGGAAUUCCUUCACCAAUCCGAUAGAUAUGAGGAUAGCGAUGAUUUAUUUGUUUAUUUCUACCCCGCCCACCUGGGCGGCAUCGACAGAAAAAUAA